AUUAAGUCCUUGCAUUUUUCAAGAGAGUGACAAUUCAAGAGAAUCUGAAUUCUGGUUGCUGGAGCCACCCCAAGAAAAGAGAUCAUAUUUUUCUCAUGGUAAAGUUGGUGUGGGCUACUCUUCUCUUGCCCUAUUACUCCUUUCAUCCUUUCCCUUGUGGGUAUGAAUUUCUGGAGAAUGUGUUAAAGUAGCAAGCUUGCUAUCCUCCCCUAGUGUGAACUGCUGGGCUAGCUGGGGACAUCCCCCAUUCUUCUUCAGAAGGGGGCUCAGGAACUUUCCAAACAAGGCUGGUCAUGAACAGAUUCUUGCUUUCAUUCUUCUUCUAAUUUUUUUUUAAAUAAGGGAAGUGCUGUACCUUUAAAUUCUGAAAGUGAAAUUGGCUCAGAUAGGAAAGCAGUGAAAGAUCCAGCCCCUAGAAGAGAGAAUAGCUUCAGAUUCUCCAACCACAGACACUGCAAAGGCACAGGCAGCCCUGGCUGGACCCUGGGGUAGCAUCCUGACAGCAUGGCAACAAAAGUCCUGACCCUCUUAUUCUUCUUGGCCUUCUACCUGGGUAGUCCGACCUCCGUCCGCCGGAAGCUCCUGUUGUUUCUACUGGAUGGAUUUCGCCAUGACUACAUCAGUGAUGAAACUCUGGAAUCCUUGCCUGGGUUCAAAGAGAUUGUGAGCAGGGGUGUGAAAGUCGAUUACUUGACCCCGGACUUUCCCAGCCUUUCCUACCCUAAUUAUUACUCCCUAAUGACAGGUCGCCAUUGUGAGGUCCAUCAGAUGACUGGGAACUACAUGUGGGAUCCUGAUACGAACAAAUCAUUUGACAUUGGGGUCAACAAGGACAGCUUGAUGCCUCUCUGGUGGAAUGGAUCAGAGCCAUUGUGGAUCACCAUGACCAAGGCAAGAAGAAAUGUAUCUAUGUAUUACUGGCCAGGCUGUGAGGUUGAAAUCCUUGGUGUCAGACCUUCUUACUGUCUAGAAUAUAAAAAUGUCCCAACGGAUACCGAUUUCGCCAAUGCAGUCAGUAAUGCUCUUGACUCUUUCAAGACUGGCAAAAUAGAUCUGGCUGCUAUCUAUUAUGAACGCAUUGAUGUAGAAGGGCAUCAUUAUGGUCCUUCAUCAAUUCAGAGGAAAAAUGCCCUUAGAGCUGUGGAUACCGUCCUACAACAUAUGCUCAAGUGGAUCCAGGAUAGGGGGCUGCAAGAUACCCUAAAUGUCAUUCUCUUCUCUGAUCAUGGAAUGACUGAUAUUUUCUGGAUGGACAAAGUGAUUGAGCUGAAGGAACAUAUUAACCUGAGUGAUCUGCUGCAAAUGAAGGACCGGGGUCCUGUUGUGAGCCUUUGGCCAGUUCCUGGGAAACAUACAGAGGUAGCUAACAAACUGAAGCUGGUAGAACACAUGAAGGUUUAUGAAAAAGCAACAAUUCCCAGCAGGUUUCAUUACAAGGAAGGCAAAUUUGUGUCUCCUUUGACAUUAGUUGCUGAUGAAGGAUGGUUCAUCACUGAGAAAAAAGAAGCACUCCCCUUCUGGAUGAACAGCACAGGGAAGCGGGAAGGCUGGCAGCGAGGAUGGCAUGGCUAUGACAAUGAGCUCAUGGACAUGAGGGGGAUCUUCCUAGCCUACGGACCCGAUUUCAAGUCCAACUUCAGAGCGGCUCCAAUCAGAGCAGUGGAUGUUUACAAUGUUAUGUGCAAAUUGGUCGGGAUAGCACCACUGCCCAACAAUGGCUCCUGGUCCCGAGUGGUAUGCAUGCUAAACAGCCAGCCUAGUGUGAUGCAUUCGGUGCAAUUGAGCAGCUGUGCCCUAGCAUUCAUUCUCUUGUUACUAUUUGUAUAACAGAUCUGAUUCCUGGAUUCCCAAAAUAAUAUCAGUCAAUAUGUCUCCAAAAUGGAAAGUUUCAUUUCCUUCCUUUUGUAUUUGAAUAACAGCUUCAUUAACAGAAUCAAGGCUAGAUAAAUUAUAAAUGGACCAUUUAUGAGAUGGUUAUAUACAUACUCUCCUACACACAAUUCUUUUUCUAUUAUUUUAAAUCACUUUUUUUUUUUUUUUGCCUCAAGAAAGAGAACAUCUCAGCUGUCUCUAAUUCAUCCAACUCUAAAUCACUUGUUCUUCAUACAAACUCAGGAUAAAUCAGCUGGGCGAAGGUCCUAGCAUUUUGUCAACUAGACAGGCACCUGUACUGUUUCUGUCCCUAGACCCAUCUCUGUCAUGUUUUCUUGCCAAGAAGUCUCUCCCAAGAUGGUCAUGGCCUUUGUCAUGAUCAUGUAUAAGACAUUAGCUGGUAUUCACAUCUAUAAUCUACAUCGAUUUCUUCCACUCAAUAUCAGAAAAGGCUUACAUCAAUGUCAAUUAUUUUGUCAUGUUCCUAAUCCAACCUAAAGGGAAAUUGUGUGUCCUUUUGCAUAGGUCCCUUUGCCUGUGGUUUAGGUGAAAAGUUUGUGAAACCCCAGUUUAAAACAAAGGGACUGGUUUAUCCAAAUUCUAAAUGUAUCAGUCUCUCUAGUCCUGGACUGUAGAAAGCCAUAUUAGAAAUAAGCUAUCAUGAAGAAUCAGAAUAGCAGUGAUCAGUCUCCAGAAUCAGUGCUGGAUAGAGACUUGCUGAUAUUUGAAUGCUUAUUCAAUGGCAAUGUCCUGAUGCUGUUUCUUUAAAAAAAAAAAAAAAAAAAAAAAAAAAAAAAAAGACGGCUUCCCCUUAGAGUUUGCUCUGGUAAAGAAGAGACAGUAUUCCGAGGUAGACAAUGAUAUUAUUAAUCAUGAAUGCAUGGGCAUAUUACCAAAAAAAAAAAAAAAACCUCACAUGAAGGGAAUUCUUUUUUAAGCUUCCACUAGAGAUCAAUAAAUAUACCAAUAAGCAUUAUUAAGUGCCUACUAUAUAGCAGAGAGAGGCAUAAUAGAGUAGGUGAUAGAGGGAUGACUUGUAGCCAGGAAGACUCAUCUAUGACACAUACUGACUGUAUGACCCUGAGCAGGUCACUCUAUUUCUCAGUGCCUGAGGCAACUCUAAGACUGCUGCUGAGAAAGCAUUAAUUUUUACUGAUAGAAUUUCUUCAUCAUAGUAGUGAAAUCCCAGAUCCAGUCCCUAGCCCUACUGUGUGUUGGCAUCUUAGAUACGGUGGGAGACAAAAUAUACAUUGUAGAAGAUCAGCAAUGGAAGACAAACAUGAAACAGUUCCGAAGUUGUUGAAUUUUGUUUUUUAUUUUCCAUGUUGAUGCAAAUCAUAUCACAGCCCAGAAUACCAAAGGAAUGGGGGAGGCAGACCAAAUUUAUGCCAGUUGUUCAAUAAAUCAUUCCUUGAGCAAGCAUGCUGAACCAACCUCAGGCCCAACUUCUUUUGAAAAUCACCAAGACUUGAUGGAACAGGGAUUCUUCUGUUACUAUUUGUAUAACUGAUCUGAUUCCUUGAAUCUCCAAACUCUAAUUUUUAUGGAACAGAUAACCAUGAAUCCGAGUGGAGAUAUUUUGAGUUUGUACUUUAACAAUUUACUCCUAAAAAUCUUUAGGGAUUGAGAUUUUUUUUGGGGGGAAGGCAGUUAAAAGCCUAGUUGGACAUUUUCAAAUGCCAAGAGUGAUAUUUCUGUCUUAUUGCCUUACAUAUGAGAGCCACAUGACUGUACCAUAGAUUGAAUCCAUCCAAGAAGAUAACUUUUCAUCUAUCUCUGGCUAGCCAUAAGAUGUCUCAGGAGGAAAAGACCCUUCAUGAUGUUUACCUUGUGGGACAGUUGGGGGUUGCCUUUGUGUCAUGAGUUGUAAUGGUAAAGAUUCAUAGCUUUAAAAAAAAUUCAAAUUAAUCUUGACAAAAUUUCUGUUAUCUCAGCAAAGAUCUUUGUAAUAUGUUUUUAAAGCUCCAAGAACCAUCAGGUCAAUUGGAAAGAAAUCAAAUCAA